GGCGUGUGGGCGGAUCGUGCGCUCGCCACGCCUCCUCCUCCUCCUCCUUUCUCCUCCUCCUUCUUUCUCCUCCUCUUUUCCAGCAGCUGACGUGGGCCCCCAAACAGCUGGAAUCCAUCAGCGUGCAGUUCGGCCCGCCUCGCUGCUUCCUGACACGACUCUGCUCCUUUCCUCUCCGGAGUGACUCUCGACGAGCAUGGACACGCUGGCGGCCUGGGCGGCGACGGACCCGGUUGCGAUCCGGCUCCUGUGGAUCGCGGCGCUGGUGCUGGCCACGCUGCUGGUGUGGUUCUUGUCCUUCUGGUGCUCCACGUGGAACCGCGGCUCCUCCUCGGCUUCCAUGGAGCGCUACCUGGAAAUGAUGGUGCAGCAGCCCGGAUGCAAAAUUCCCGCUCAGAAGAAAAAGCCCAGAAAGAAGCAAGUGGAGACCAUCCAGGUGAAGGAAAUGAAAAUCCUAAAGGAGGCCAAGGCAGUCCCGGAUGGGAAGACGCUUCAAAAAGAGGAGGCCAAGAAGGCAAAGGAGAAGGCGGUAAAGGUGGCCCAGGAGACCGACGUAACGGCCGAGAAGCUUGUCAACAAGGCAAAAGUGGUCAAGGAGGGGAAGGAUGCAGUCCAGGAGGUGGUCAAGAAGUCGAAGGGGGCCAAAAAUGAGAUGGAAAAGAUGGGAACGACGAUAAUCCAGGAGGAGAUGAAGGGCAAGGCCAAGACUGUCAAGAAGGUAAACCCGAUCCAAGAGGGGAAGGAAAGCAAGGCAGGGAAGGAGGUGAAGGUGGUCCAGGAAGCGAGCAAGGGGGUGAAGGUGAAACCGGUCAAGGAGAAGGUGACCCAUGAGAUCAAGGAGAGUAUAAACGAGGGGAUGAAGGCGAAGCCCGUCGAGAAGAAGAAGGCCAAGGUAGUCCAGGGGGCAAAGGAGACCAUCAAGGAGGUGCCUCUGGUCCAGGAAGUGAAGGAGGAGGUGAAGAAGGCAAAGGCAGUCAAGAAGAAGGCGGGGACGGUAGUCCAGGAGGCAAAGGAGGCGAUCAAGGAGGUGCCGCUGGUCCAGGAAGUGAAGGCAAAGGCAGUCAAGAAGAAGAAGGCGACGGUUGUCCAGGAGGAAAAGGAAACCAUAAAGGAGGUGCCGCUGGUCCAGGAACUGAAGGAGGGGGUGAAGAAGGCAAAGGGAGCCAAGAAGAAGGGGGCGACGGUAGUCCAGGAGGAAAAGGAGACCAUCAAGGAGGUACCGCUGGUCCAGGAACUGAAGGAGGAGGUGAAGAAGGCAAAGGGAGCCAAGAAGAAGGGGGCGACGGUAGUCCAGGAAGAAAAGGAGACCAUCAAGGAGGUACCGCUGGUCCAGGAACUGAAGGAGGAGGUGAAGAAGGCAAAGGGAGCCAAGAAGAAGGGGGCGACGGUAGUCCAGGAGGAAAAGGAGACCAUCAAGGAGGUGCCGCUGGUCCAGGAACUGAAGGAGGAGGUGAAGAAGGCAAAGGGAGCCAAGAAGAAGGGGGCGACGGUAGUCCAGGAGGAAAAGGAGACCAUCAAGGAGGUGCCGCUGGUCCAGGAACUGAAGGAGGAGGUGAAGCCAAAGGCAGCCAAGAAGAAGAAGAAGGCGACAGUAGUCCAGGAGCAAAAGGAGACCACCAAGGAGGUGCCGCUGGUCCACGAACUGAAGGAGGAGGUGAGGAAGGCAAAGGGAGCCAAGAAGAAGGGGGCGACGGUAGUCCAGGAGGCAAAGCAGACCAUCAAGGAGGGGCCGCUGGUCCAGGAAGUGAAGGAGGAGGCGAAGAAAGCAAAGUCAGCCAAGAAGAAGGGGGCGACGGUAGUCCAUGAGGCAAAGGAGACCAUCAAGGAGGUGCCGCUGGUCCAGGAACUGAAGGAGGAGGUGAAGGCAAAGGCGACCAAGAAGAAGGCGGCGACGGUAGUCCAGGGGGCCAAGGAAAACAUCAAAGAGGCGCCGGUGGUCCAGGACGUGAAAGCAAAGACGGACAAGAAGAAGGCAACGGUAGUCCAGUUGCUCAAAGAGACCAUUAAGGUGGCGUUGGGGGUCAAGGAAAUGGAGGACGUGAAGAAGGCAAAGCCAGUCAAGAACAAGGAGGCAAAGGAGAGCGUAAAGAAGGUGCCGGUGGUCCACGAAGUGGAGGAGGAAGUGAAUAAGCCAAAAGCUGCCAAGAAGAAGAAGAAGGGGACUGUAGUCCAGGAGGCAAAGGAGACCACAACGGUGGUCCAGAAAGCCGAGCAGGAGGUGAAGGCAAAAGGAGACGAGAAGAAGGCAAAGGUUGUCCAGGAGACUAUGAAGGAGACGCUGGUGGUCAAAGAAGUGGAGGAGGUGAACAAGGCAAAGGCAGCCAAGAAGAAGAAGACCACAAAGGAGACCACAGAGGAGGCGACGGUGAUCCAGGAAGUUAAGAAGAAGGUGAAAAAGGUGGAACCGGUCAAGGUGGUCCAGGAAACAAAGGAUGAGGUGAAGGAAAACGUAGCAAAGAAGAAGAAGAAGAAGAAGGUGACAGCGGGCCAGGACGCAAUGGAGACGACCAAGGAGGUGACUGUGGUCCAGGAAGUCAAGGAGGAGGUGAAGAAGACAAAGGCAGUCAAGAAGGAGGAGUCGGUGAUGGCGAAGAAGGUCAAACUGAUCCAGAAGGUGCAGCAGAAGGUGGUCCAGGAAGUGAUGGAGCUGCCAGUGGACCAAUCGGAGGCUUCAUCUCCAUCCGGGACGAAGAAGACCAGGAGAAGGCGACCGCAGAAGGUGAGCAGUCCUGGGAUCGUUUAGACCUCACAACAUUAGGUACACCUGUGCAGUCGCCCUGGGAAGAGUAGGCCGCCUCCCCCCGUCGGAGUUCAUUAGAUUAGAACAAAAGAAAGUUGUUUGUCAUGGACGGCGCCCACCCGGAGCUGGCACCAGACCCCAUACUGGCAUGCGGAGCAGACGGGAGCACCACCACCACCGCGGCGCGCACAAGCGCCGCUCGCUCGUUAUGUAACCUCGCACGCCAACACAACUUUGGUCUCGACUCCCUCAAGUCCAGAGUUACUUUCUGCUUAGGCCGCAUGCUUUUGGGGACUUGAAAAUGUCUGUUCUUGGAUAAUGUGCAGUAUGUCCCGCAAACAACAACAACAACAACAACAACAAAAAAAUUGAUCUUGCCCUU